CACAGAUUAGGGUAAUUUAACAAACUGGGAUGCACCUUAGGUCCCCAAGGAGAACGAUUAGUAAUAUAGCCACUUCACACCGCUUUUUCUGUUCUGUUGUUUAAGUAGUUAUUACUGGCCUCAUUCCAGGUUUCAUGUUGAAAAGUUACUUUGGUCCUGUGGUGGCCCAGCUGGGAAGUUCUGUUCUUCUGCCCUGUUCUGCUCAAAUCCCCUUGUCUCUGGAGGAGCUGGAGGUGGAGUGGAGAAGGACAGACUCAGAUGCACUGGUGCACCUGUUCCAAGAGGGGGAAGUUAGACCAGAAUCACAGAACGAAGGCUACAGGGACAGAGCUUUCUUUACAGAGGAGAUUGCCAAAGGAAACUACUCUCUCUUACUCUUUAAUGUGACAAAGGACGAUGCAGAAAUGUACAGCUGCAAAGUUUACUCAGGUACAGAGUCCAGUGAAAACACAGUUCAGCUAAAAGUGGAGUACCUACUUGUGACCACAGCAAUGCAUGUGGUUUCGGCCAGUGUGGGUGAUAAGGUGACAAUGAGCUGCUUUGUGGAAUCCUCAUCUGAAAGCAUUGAAGAGGUUUCCUGGAAGCGAGAAGACCGGGAGACAUUAGUCCUCCUCUUUCAAGAUGGAGAGAUCUUAGCAGAUGCCUCAGAUGAGAGGUAUCGAGGCAGAGCUGAGUUCUUCACUGCAGAAAUCUCAAAAGGAAAUUUCUCAUUGAUACUGAAGGAUGUCAGGACUGAAGACAAAGGGGAGUACAUCUGUGAAGCCUUCACUGGUCAUCUCGAAAACAGCACAACUGUAAUACUACAGAGCCUGGGGUUUUCCUCUCUUCAUAUCUGGAUACUUGUGUUGUGCUUCACCACCCUCAUUUUAGUCGUGGGAUUCAGCAUUGCAGCACUUAGCUUUACAAGUAAGGAAGAGACAACUCAGCUCAUUCACAUCUGUCUGGCAUUGUGCCCCAAUGUAUGCAUGUCCUUAGCAUUCAUUCUAUGGGGAGUUAAUGAGGAGAUUGCCCCAAAUCGUUACACCUUACACGAGGUAACCUGUUGUGCAACAGUUAAUUUCCUCAGGGCUCUGUUGGUGUUCAAGUUAGCUCCUGAUAUAGCAAAACCAAUUAGACGACUGAUUGAGAAAAGUUUUGAAAUUGAAUAUGUGGCGAUUACAUUGGCUGUGUGUUCAGUCUCUUUUUCGAGGGCUAUAGAACAAAAAAGCCUACAUGGAGUGAGAAUAUUAAAUCUGAUGUAUGGAUUCUUAGUGCAUAUAAGUGUUAAAAUAGUUUUCCUUGAUACCAAGGAUCUCAUGAGUGACAUAAUGAAUUUAGCCUAUGUGUUCAUUGUUAAUUUGGAUGCCAAAGUCUUGAGCAUUGGUAAGGACCAAGAUCUUUUCAUGAUUUAUCAAUAUCAGCAUUAGUAUAGCUAAAGCAUUAUUUCACUCUCUCAUCUUUAGGAAUAUGCAAUAGUAUACGCCUGAUAGAUCUAACUACCUACAGUACACUACUUAACAAAAUCUGUAGCAUAUUGAAGAUGGCUUAAUAACAGUCACUGCAGUAACUCCUUCCACCAGAGCAAGUGCAUAUAAUGAAAUGAACACUCCUUAACUUUGGCAGUCUUACAUUUCUGCUAGUUAUUUGCCAAAUAAAAUCUAUCAAUGACAAGUGAUAUUUUAUU